AUGGGCUUACUUACCAUAUUGAAGAAGAAUCGACAAAAUGAAAAGGAGAUGCGUAUCCUCAUGCUAGGCUUGGAUAAUGCAGGCAAAACGACUAUUUUAAAAAGAAUCAACGGCGAGCCUAUUGACACCAUCUCUCCUACACUUGGCUUCAACAUCAAAACAUUAGAGCACGAAAACUACAAACUCAAUAUCUGGGAUGUGGGUGGACAAAAGUCGAUUCGAUCCUACUGGCGAAACUAUUUCGAGCAAACGGAUGCAUUAGUCUGGGUUGUGGAUUCAGCAGAUCGUCUAAGAUUGAUGGAUUGUAAACGAGAAUUAGCACAAUUAUUACAAGAGGAGAGAUUGGCAGGUGCGACAUUGCUAGUCUUUGCCAAUAAGCAGGAUAUCGCUGGUGCCUUGACUGAACUCGAGAUCAAAAAUGCACUUGGGUUAGAUGACAUUAAAAGCCAUCAUUGGGCUAUUUUGCCCUGUAGUGCAGUGACAGGAGACAAUCUACUAAAAGGCAUGGAUUGGGUUGUUAAUGAUGUCGCAUCAAGAAUUUACAUGCUGGAUUAG